AUGCGCGGUUUGGAAUCGAAGGUAGGGGUUUGUGAUGAGGGCUUGAUUUGGAUGGCAAUGGAUACCUUGACGUGUGGUGAUGGUUGGGUGAGUUUGAUUGAAGCGUUUGAUGCAUGUCGAGAUGGUGAUGAACUGAGGGACGCAGAUGGAGAGGAGGAGGAGGACUGGAGCGGUGAGUAUGGGGAUAGUGACGUCUGUCGUGAGGAGUUGAGUGAUGGUCGUUUGGUAGAGUACAAAGCGUUGCGUGUGGAAGAGGCUGCGGUUGUCCGACGAUUGAUGGCAUCGCGAUGGUCUGGUGAGUGUAAGGUGUCACGUUACCACACUAAUGUGAUGGAAUACCACGUGGUUGCGGCUCCUACGGGGUUUGAGAGCCAUGAAAACCGUAUCCGUGCGGGCGGUGUGGGACUGACCGAUCUCGAAUUUAAACCCUCGGAAGAUGACGAAGAUGACGGCCUGCCUCUGUGGGUCAUGGGGAGCCCCGUCCCCUUCACUGACAUCGAGACCUUUCUCAGACACCACCCGGUUAUAUCACCACUCGUUGCUCUAGACCUAUGCGUUCAAAUACUCGACGGUAUAAGAUCGGUCGAAAAUCUCGGAAUUAGAUUUACACAAUCUGGACUCAAGAAUUGUGUCUUGUAUCUAGAGAAAUUGCUGUCCUGGGAACGCAUCCCCAACAACUCCGUGUUCUCGGAAGUAGACCAGUCAGAGGGAACCGCCGACGCGGGAACCUCCGACGCGGGAACCGCCGAGGCGGGAACCGCCGAGGCGGGAGAGGUUGUGGAACUCCAAGAAGCCGACCGGCUUCGAAGACGUAACCAGAUGUCCUGGGACCGGUUGUCACAUUACGUUCGCAAAUUCGAAGAAGACCGGGAAGCUACGCAACAGAAGGAAAUAGGAGAUCAGAUGAACUCUAUGGCUGCUCAUACCUUGGAGCGUAGCAGUACGAAAGAGGAUGAGAAGGAAAAGCAGAAACGGGAAGAGCGGGUGGAGCGUAUUCGCCGGCAUACUGAGAAAGGUUUAAUCAAAUGGAUGUCCGAGCUCGCCUUACGCAUUCCGUACUUCCCUGGCUUUCGACAAGUGGGUUUCUCAUGGUCCCAGGGGGACUUGGUUGAUGAACUUCGAUCAGAACUACCCCGCUUAGACGUACGUAAACUGGGAACACCUGAAUCGGAUUGGAGGUUCGAAGUCAAGCUCAGGAACUUCCUAGCACCUGACGCGGUCAGUUCAUACCUCAACGUGCACCUGGCAUCACCACCCUCAAACGCUGACGGAAUGAUCCUCGUCAAACAGGUCAUCCUAGCAGCAGCUACUCCCAAGCCCGAUGAAACCGUGAAGGAAACCAGCUGUCGCAAAGAUCUAAAUCACUGGCUCAGUAGCGUCAAAAAGGACCAAUCGUACCUAAAACUAUUUAUGACUCUAGCACAACUUAUGGAAGUCUAUUUCUGA